CCGGGUGGAACCUACAAAAGCGGGCCAUAUAAAAGGUGGAUUCUUGAAUGCUGGUCUUUAGUACCGUUCUUGGGCUGUUUUUUAUUCCUUGUCUCGUUUGAAUUGAUAGCAUCUCUGGCUGUAGGCGCACCUCCCGUCGGAUCGGGCCGCUAAGAGUGCCCAAUACCCCUCACUCAGCUGAACCUAAUUUGAUGACCGAUCAUUCGGCCAGCAGGGUAUAACCUUCAGGAUAUCAUUCGAUGGAGAAAUUGACCUGACAGUGCUUGUUCACGCACUAUGAGCGACCCUCUGAGUAUCACCGCAAGUGUAAUUGCCGUCCUUGAACUGGCAGCCACCACAACCCGCUAUCUCAGGGAAAUCAAAGAUGGAGCAGCAGACCGACUCCAGUUGCGGGAUGAGCUACGAAGCACCACCUACCUACUCGAAAUGCUCAGAGACCGUAUUGAUGAUGCUGAGGAUGCGGCCGUAACUUUAGGCAUGGGAAAGUCCAUAUUGACCGAGUCUCUUGUGGGUCUUGAUGGUCUCCUCGUCCUUGUUCAGAGUGUGCUGCAAGACAUCAUCUCUCGGCUCUGCCCGCAAUCAAAAUUCGGUCAACGAUCGUUGUCUUUGACAUGGCCAUUCACCAAAAAGGAUAUCACGGAGAAGCUGGCUUGCCUGGAGCGCCUAAAGAGUAGUCUCAGUCUCGUCUUGCAGAAUGACCUGAUUCAUCACAUAGAGAACUUACAGAAAUCGGGCAGAAGGUCAGCCAAACACAAUUGAAAGACGAGGAAGAUCUAAACGAGAGGAUCUUGCUCUGGCUUAGCCCCUUUCCCUUCCGUAAGCAACAUGAUGCAAUCCUGGAGACCGUGCAGGCGGGAACUGGUGGCUGGUUUAUGAAACACGAGAAAGUAUGCAAUUGGCUUGAAGGCAAUAUCAGCGUGCU